UCAUAAUGCAUCACUUUAACAAGUUAUACAAGCUCAUCAAUACUAAUAUUCUCACACCAAUGUACAAACCAAUUAUCAAUCUCCUUAGGUUAAUAAUUUUUAAAUUCAUCCUAGCAAUCAAUUUCAAUAUCACUUUUGCAUUGGAGUUAUCUCUAUCCCUCUCUUUAUUGAUAUUUGCAUUGUCUUUCCAUGGUUGUGGCCGGUAUAAUAAGUUCCCAUAAAGAAUGACCUUCUCCUUACAUUCAUCAUUAAGUUCAUCAACCUAAAUAAAAUAGUCACAUCUCAUUUUUUAUUUCUACUGCACACAAGAUUAGAGGAGGGAAGAACGAAUGAGCAUCAACCAAGAUUUCUAUUAACAGUGGAGGCACAACGGUUAGUAUACACACACUUUAUAAUACAUGCACAGUAAGAACCAUUUAUCUAAGUUUUCCACCGUUCGUGAUUUUAACAGCACAACAUCCAUGCCAUGGUAGCAUUUGCCACCAUUAAAAGGGUGUUUCUUCUUGUUUCUCUUCAUCACACCUCUAACAGAAGACUCAUUGAUAUCACGAAAGCGAUUCUCCCGGCUUGGUAGUCUCGAUUUAUCCUCAAACCGAGACUGAGCUUCACCUCUCAUCCCUUGAUUUUGCAAGCCACUACAAUUGGGGGUUUAAUUCAAGCUGUCCAGGAGGUGAUGCCAAGAGUUCACCACCGUUUUUGCAUUUGGCACCUCUGGAGGAACUUCAACAAACAAUGGAAGGACCUUGAGUUGAGGGAACUGCUUUGGGAAUGUGCCAGAUCUACAACAUUCCAGGAUUUCAUCGAUAAUCUGAACAAGAUUAAGAGGAUGAACGAGGAGGCUUGUGCAUAUCUCAACAAAUGGCCUAGAGAGUCAUGGACAAAGUCCCAGUUUAGUCAUAGGCCAAAACUGGACAACAUUUGCAACAACACCUGUGAGGUUUUCAACGUAAGAAUCAAAGAGGCCAGAAGCAAACCCAUCAUCACAUUACUUGAGGAGGUGAGAAUGUUUGUGAUGAGAACUAUUGCGAAAAAUAAGGUAAAACUGGCAAAUCAUGUUGGCAUACUCCCCCCUGUAAUUCAAAGUCGCCUAGAUAAAAUCAGAAAAGAAUCAAAGAACUGGAUGCCUAUCUGGACCGGUGAUGAAGACUAUGAGAAAUUUGAGGUUCAUGGCCAUCCAACAAACAUGGUAGUGGAUCUUGGAAAAAGACUAUGCACUUGCCAAUUCUGGAUGCUGACCGAUAUUCCAUGUGUUCAUGCCUGUGCUGCCCUUGCAAGGGUAAACAAGAGGCCGGAAGACUUUUGUCACCAACUGUGUACUAUGGAGGCAUACAACAAGACUUAUGCCCAUCACAUUAAUCCUCUUCCUGGCCAAUCAUUGUGGGAGAAAUCCUUGUACACUCAACCACAGGCCCCUAUCAUUAGGAGGAGGCCUGGAGCUUUGACAAAGAAAAAGAGAAAAGAUGCUGAUGAGGGCAACAAUGGUAAUAAGAAAGCCAAACCAAGUGGAGGUUUGAAAAGGCAUUUGAAGCCAUUCACAUGUAGGUAUUGUGGGGUAAAAAGGCAUACUAAGAGAGGGUGCUCAAAGAAGAGACUGGAUGAAGUAGCUGCUGCUGUUGCAGCUGCAAAAGCUGCUGCAGAUAAAGCCAAAUCAAAUGUUGCUGCUUCUGUUUCUGAGGCUGGCCCUCCCCCUCAAACUGAUGCUACACCAACUGAUAAACCUCCUGCUGUGGAGAUUGACAUAUCACAACCAAACUACGAAGGAUCACAGGACAUAGCAGAACCUGCUGCACCUGCACCAUCAAGGUCACAGAAGUUGCCCACCAAAAGGAGGAGCUCACCACCACCUCAAUCCAUUGGUGUGCAUCUAAUGCAAGGAGCCAGUAUGGCUACAUCUUCCAGAUUGCACAACUUUAUGAAGUUUGUUCCAACUCCCGGUUUCAAAGCACCAAGGAAAAAGAAAAAUUCAUGACUUUGACAUCAGGAUGUUUAGGACAGUACUCUGUUGUUUUGUUAAAGGCAGUUAGUAGAUAGUUGCUUUGUUUAGGACAAUUGUCAUAACUUUUGUAUUGCCAGCCUUGAUAACUAUGUUGUGGCACUUCUUUUGUUCCUUUAAUGUUUGCAACUCAAACAGGUUAAUGUUUGCUACUCAAAUAUGUUUAU